AAAACCCCAAGCAAAUAAUCCAGAUAUUGAUAGUAUAACAGUGGCAAUGAAAGUUUUAACAAUCAACUCUAUGAAGCAAAAGACAAGUAAUGCUAGUAGACUUGAUGUGAUCGAAACGAAAAUGAAAGAGAUAACAAGAAUAGUAAAACAACUUGUAGAUAAGCAAACAAUAGUUGGGUGUUCCAAUGACAGAAAUCAAAACUUUACAAGAGAUUCAAAGUACCAGAGGCAGAGCUCCAAUAACCAGAGAUGUUUUAAUUGUCAACAAGAAGGUCAUAUCUCGUGCAACUGCCCAAAUAGAAUAGCCCAAAAUUGCCCUGAACAAAGAGAUGUCAUAAAUGAAAAUAGAAACACAAACAUCUGUUAUUUUGAAAUAAUAAAUAUCUCAUUGAAUCUUGGAAUAGAAUGCCUUAAAGUAGAAAUGGCAAAAGGAGAGCCAAUCUUUAAUGUCAGAUAA